AUGGACCGGCAACAGUUUUCGGUGUCUUACGGUGGUGACAACUACGCCGAAGACUACUACUCAGAGGAUUACUAUGAGCUGUACGAUGAUCAGUUAGAAGAUGCAAAUCAGUAUUAUGAGCCAAAUAUAAAUUCAGAAAUUCAUAGUGAACCCUCAUUUUGGAGCAAUCUAACUUUUCGCCAGUUGUGCACUCAAUGUGUGGUGCCCGCUGUUUGGAGUACUGGAAAUCUACUCGGAACUACCCUUAUUCUAUGCAUAUUUUUCAGAUUAUUCAUUGUUAUAUGCAAUAAAAUCAAAGUGGUUCCUGAAGCAGUCUUGCACACAGUGUGCGCCAUUUGUGGUAUUCUACCGUUAGUUUUAUUUCAUGAAGAUGGAGACUUAUAUCAAUUAUUACUACAAAUUGUGUUGUACCCUAUGUUCUGUUACAUAGUGUCUAUAAUAUGUAUAUUGACUUUAAAACGUCAUUCCUCUAUUGUGUUCUCUAUUAUAAUCCUAUUUACAUUAUUCUAUCGUGAAUGUUUUACAAAUGAUUCAAAAUGGCAAAAAACCAAAAGUGCUCAUAUGCUAAUGUCAAUGAAAGCAAUGGCAAUAUUAUUUGAUAUUCAAUCAAAUAAAUUGUGUACAUUUCCUUCGGUUCCUCAGUAUACAGGUUACAUGAUGUGUGCAGGCACUGUUUAUCUGGGUCCAUUUUUAACAUUUCAAGAAUACUCAAAUGCGUUUUCUUCAUCUGUUAAUUGGAACAAGACAAAAGUCUGUCGUUUGAUAUGGAAAGUAAUAAUUUCGUUGCUUUGCUUUGUCUUAUCAAUUUGUGUUGUGGAUUGGCUGUUCAGCCAAUAUUUGUUGACCAAUAAUAAAAGCAAUUCAAUUAUUAACAUUUUUCUAACUAUGUACAAACAAGCUUUGGAGUUCCGUACUGGUCAUUAUUUUGUAGCCUAUGCGUCUACAGUAUUUGCAACUGUUUGUGGGUACCACCAUAAAUACAACAAUGAAAUAUUAGUAACCCGUCCAUUGAUUAUGGAAUGGCCACGAUCUCUUCUACAUGUUGUCGUACAUUGGAACGCACCAAUGCAUUAUUGGUUAAAAAAAUAUGUAUUUGAAGAAAUACUGAAAUAUGGCAAUAAAAAUAAAAAACAUCGAAACAGAAUAAUUGCUGUUGGGACCACAUAUUUAGUAAGCUCUCUAUUACAUGGCUUAGAACGACGUUUAUCAGCUGUGUUACUUUCUCUUGCUGCUUAUACAUAUGUAGAACACCAAAUGCGUACAAAAUUGGCAUCAAGAUUUCCAAACAAAUUUUCUUAUUAUGAUAAAAACAUAUAUCCCCACCAUGGUUCAAAAACAUAUUUAAGUAGCUCAAACCAAAAAAACUGGUUCUUUUGGAGUAUUAACAUCAUGUUUACUAUUUUAAACAUUAUACAUUUAGCUUAUCUUGGUUCAGUAGUUGAUAUGUCUGUAGGCAACUCUUACAGUACUACCUACCAAGAAUCGUUUGCUCCUUGGAGUCGAGUAUCGUAUUUUAGUCAUUUUAUAAUGUUGUUUAUGUUUUUUAUUAGUAUUAUACUAUAA